ACGGAAGUACCCAUUGAGAUGGUCACUGAGUGCUUUGAGCUCGGCAGCGACACAAGAACCUUACCGGCCGUCAGCCAACCAGCAGCGCCCCAGCCAGGCAGCGGCAGCAGCAGCAGCAGCGGCAGCAGUAGCAAGGGCUGCAGGGGUAGCAGGGGCACACAUCGCAGAGGUCUGCUCGUUAGUCAAGACCAGACCAUCCUGCGGGACAGCGAGUAGAGAUCCAGCCAGCCAGCCAGCCCAGCCAGCCAGCCAGCGACAGCGCCAGCGCCGUGCGCGACUUGUUCAACCAGGGAUACUCCAAGACGGCCGGCACCAUGUUCGCCAUCAUGCAGGUGGAGACGGACGAGCGGAGGGCAGAGUUUCGGCGCAAGAUGCGCACCAAGUGCGAGUUCAUCUGCAAGUACUGCCAGCGCCGCUUCACCAAGCCCUACAACCUCAUGAUCCACGAGCGCUCGCACAAGGACGACGUCACCUUCACGUGCGAGGCGUGCGGCAAGACCUUCAAGAGGCAGGACAACCUCAAACAGCACAGAUGUGGGUGGAGCUCUGGUGGGUGGAGCUCUGGUGGGUGGCGGUGAGGGGUGUCUUGUCGGGACUUGCCACCACUGAUAAGACUAACUAUCUAUUCACCUGCCGUGUCGGACUGCCACCGGCUGGACAGUGAGGGUCUGAUCCGAGAGGGCCACACGAGCGACGCAUCGUCCUUUAAAUUAUUUUUCAUAGAGUUACUACAUUUUUGGGUUUUUUCUUUUGCCUUAACUGUCUGACCACAAGCACACGAGCAAGUGAGUGUGUUGUGAUAACUUUUUCAGUCCGAGUUCUGUCUGAUUUUUUUCUAGUAGAUAAGCGUAAUAUACUUUAUUUUACGUUUUAUGCGAAAUAACACGCAUCAGUUGGAACUGCUCACCGCCAUUGCAUUCAUCAUUGACUGUGUUUGUCUUGAAAUCAUUAUUUUGGGAAUGCAUUGUGCAUGGGUUGUUUACUAGGGUGAUAUCGUCAUUGUUUUUGGACACUUGCGCAAGGAAAUUUUUAAUUUUGACGCAUAUUUUUUUGAAUUACUAGAAAAGGCGAAUAUAUGAGUUACCACUAUUUUGAUUACGUAUGUCUUACUAGACGCACUACAUAACUGAUUAGCUAUUGAUCUCCUGCACCCUUAAUUGACGGAGUUCCUCGAAGCUUUUUCGUUCCUUGCCUAAGUUUCCGAAUAAGAUGAAUUCUAGUCUAAAUGCUAAAGCCACUCAAAUGGCUGUUUGGGAUCAAAAUGUGCACUUACGUCUUUGAAUUGUCAGGAAAUGAACUAUGUAUGCAAGACAAAAAAGUAUAUUACAGUGAAUCAGAUGUCACUAAUGCAGCUUUGUCAUGUCAAUUAAGAAACCUUGUUUAAGAUUAGAUUUAUUUCAGAUUUGUUUAAUGUGUACAUAGUUUAAAUAUAUGUUAUCGCCUAGAUAUUUGUAUUUUGUACAUACGGUAGUAUAACGACGAGUCAUGCGUACUCUCCCUCACUGAUUCAAUGAAUUGUUACUUUUGCAGUCCCCCUACAUCCAUUUGAGCUUUGUUGUUUUCAAGGAGUACGUGUGGUUGGCGUUCAGUACAGUUCUUGUUCUUAGUACCAGAAAGAAAAAUCACAGACAUAAAAAUUAUUACGACGAUUUCUUGAAAGGUGUCAGGAACUACGAGCUUAUUUUUAAAUCAACUGGACGCUUCGAUCUCUCGAAAUCUGUUGUUUAAGUGUUAUAGUUUAGUUCUUUCUUGUUUGUGCUAGUGUUUUAAGUAAAGCUUCAUGAGCUUGUUUAUUCUUCUUUAUUUAAUUAUUUCUGUUUCUAUCGUUUUUCUGUUUCUACAUGAAAGAGUGAAAAUCUAUUCUUCAUUUCAAAGAACUUUCACGUUAUUAUUGCUUUUUUAUUGUGUAUAUCAAACGCUUUUAUUUUAAGGCAAACUUACAAACUAUGCCUUCGUUGAAAAAAAAUCUUAUUUAUUUUUACGUAACGGACAAGUAUAGUGUUAUAUUACAUGACUGAUGUGUGUAUGUGUGUAUGUGGUUCGAAUGAAUGGAAAAUAAACAUUCAUGAAUGUUUUUAGACAUA